AUGGUGAACUUGGAAGAAUUGGUAGCGGAACUUACGCGGUUGGCUCCGCGGCUGCGCGACUACGACCCGACUGACGAGACGUGGCAGCAGGCUGAGAAGAAGGCACUUGAAGCCCGUGACCAGGUGGAGACGCUGCUGCGCUCGGCAGAGGGCGUGGCUCAGCUUCGAGGCAGCGGCGCCUUGCAGGACAUGAAGCGUCUUGUGCCGGAUGUCACUCGUGAGGAAAUUGCUGAGCUCAAAGUGUCCGACUUUGUGCUGGGUAUGAUCUUCGAGAAGCCCUUUGCAGUGUUUGAGCGCGUGUAUCGUGGCUUUGGUGCCGAGUAUGCCAAGGAGUUGUCCAGCGAGGCGCGAAAGAGCUCCAACCUCAUCAAAUCUUCCUAUGUGUAUGGCGAGAUCCUAUUCUUCCCGUUUGCCGACAUCAUCCGCUGGGUAGCUCCGUUUCUGCCGGAAUUUGCCAUUUUCUACGACCUUGGAUCUGGCACGGGCAAGGCAGUCAUCGCGGCGAGCUUAGUGCACCCGUUCGAUCAAGCUAUCGGAAUCGAGCUGCUUGAGCCGCUUGUUCAUUGUGCUGAAAAGCGCAAGACAGCGUUAGAGAAACUCAAGUCCCCGCUGCUCAAGACGGACAUCGACUUCAUUACAGGCAGUCUGCUCACAACCAAGUGGGAGGAUGGCGAUGUUGUCUUCUGUCACGGCACAUGCUUCAACGACCAGAAGUGGACCAAGAUAUCUCUGGCAGCCGAGAAGCUCAAGCAGGGCGCGUUUUUCAUCUCGACAACGCACGUGCUGCGUACAGGACUAUUCGAAGUGGUCAAGAGCCUCAACUUCACGAUGAGCUGGGGAACUGCGACUGUCUACAUCCACCGUCGACGCAAGAUUGGUCGCUGGGCUGCUCAAAUGCUGCGAGGCGGUCGAUCCACACGCACUGAUCUGUUGGAGCAGCAGGCGCAAGCUCAACUGAAGGAAGAAGGUGAGGCGAAUUGA